UCUCUCUGUCUCUCUGUCUCUCUCUCACUCUGUAUGAAAGAAACCCUAAGCAAUGGAUGUCACGGAAGAGCAACGAAAGCGAGCGGAGGCGAAUCGCCUCGCUGCCUUAGCAAAGCGCAAGGCUAUUCUCGAAUCCUCCGACCUUCAACAACAGCAGCAACAGAGGCUGCCACAAGACCCCUGGAAGCUCUACAAGUGCCGAAAGCUCUCUUCCGAACAACCUCCGAUUGUCUCCGCAGACUCGGUUUCCAAGAUCCCUUCGCCGGAAAAUUUCCGGGUCAGGCUUGAGAUAUGUUCGCCCGACUCUUUCUCCGUCGCGCCGGAGGCCGUGCCGGGGUUAGCAUACCCAGGAGAGGAAGAGUGCUUGCGGGGGCUGAGCAAUUGUUUAUCCGAUGUCAUGCCAUCACACUACACACAAAAUCAUGGGGCAGAGGCAUGUGUUUAUAAGCUGAGGGAUUAUAAUUCUGUUUUGAGAUGUUUAAAGACCUGGAAAAGCAAUGAGGUUGAAGAGAUACCUUGGGCGACGCUUAAUGUUAUUGAGAGGCUAUCUCAUUCAUUUAUUGCGGGGCGUUGGAUACCUUGCAGGCCAGAACACUUGUCUGAUGAGGAGGUUGAUGAGUUGGUUGGGAAGCUACCAAAGACAAUGGUGGACGCACUCUUGCCCUUUCAACUUGAAGGGGUGAGAUUUGGUUUGCGUAGGGGUGGUCGUUGCCUUAUUGCAGAUGAAAUGGGCCUUGGGAAGACACUGCAGGCUAUUGCUAUUGCAGGCUGUUUCAUGAAUGAAGGUUCCAUACUUGUUGUUUGCCCAGCCGUUUUGCGCUAUUCAUGGGCAGAGGAAUUGGAACGUUGGCUACCCUUUUGUUUGCCUGCUGAUAUCCAUCUUGUUUUUGGUCAUCGAGAUAAUCCUGCCUAUGUAAAGACAUGCCCGAGAGUUGUGGUUAUUUCUUAUACAAUGCUUCAUCGUUUGCGAAAGAGCAUGCUUGAGCAAGAAUGGGCUUUCUUGAUAGUUGAUGAAUCUCACCAUGUACGUUGUUCUAAGAAAGCAUCAGAACCAGAAGAGAUAAAAGCUGUCCUUGCCGUGGCUAUGAAGGUCAAGCGCAUAGUUCUGCUGUCUGGGACACCAUCUUUGUCGAGGCCAUACGACAUUUUUCAUCAGAUACAUAUUCUAUGGCCUGGUCUACUGGGAAAGAACAAAUAUGAGUUUGCUAAAACUUAUUGUGCUGUCAAAGUUGUCCAGAGGUCUCAAGGGAAGUUUUAUCAGGAUUUCUCAAAGGGAAUUCGCUUAGAAGAGUUGAACGUGUUACUUACGCAAACUGUUAUGAUUAGACGUUUGAAGGAGCGUGUGCUAAAACAGUUACCACCAAAACGUCGGCAAAUUAUAAGAUUGUUAUUGAAAAGGUCAGAUAUAGUUUCUGCCAAGGCUGCUAUAAGGGUGGUCAAUGGUGAUGCAUCUGAAAAGAGUGUUGCUGACGACAUGAAUUCACAAAAUUUAGAUGAAUAUGAUGACUGUGGGGAUUUCUGCAGAUCAGGGAAGCUCUCCUACCAAGAACUUGGAAUUGCAAAGCUCUCUGGGUUUCGUGAAUGGCUUUCCAUUCAUCCACUUGUUGCAGAGUCAGAUAGUACAGAAGUUUUGGAUUUGCACUUCAGUUCUCGUAAGAUGAUAAUUUUUGCACAUCAUCAUAAGGUCCUUGAUGGAAUACAGGAGUUUGUAUGUGAGAAAGGGAUUAGUUUUGUACGCAUUGAUGGAAACACACUUGCCAGAGAUAGGCAGUCUGCUGUACUAUCCUUCAAAUCAUCAACUGAGGUUAAGGUUGCAAUAAUUGGUAUAACUGCUGGAGGUGUUGGACUUGAUUUCUCAUCAGCGCAGAAUGUUGUGUUCUUGGAGUUGCCUAAGUCCCCAUCUUUGAUGCUUCAGGCUGAGGAUAGAGCUCACAGGCGAGGGCAAACAAGUGCAGUCAAUAUUUACAUUUUCUGUGCAAAGGGCACCUUGGAUGAGUCACAUUGGAGCUAUUUAAACAGGAGUUUACGCCACGUUUCAUCUACAACAAAUGGAAAAUAUGAUGCCAUACAAGAGAUACAGGUUGAUGGUGUCUCUUAUUUGGAAACAUCUGAUAAAACUGAUGGAAGUUGUAAAAAUCAGAUUAUGGAAAAAUCAGCAUCUGCUAAAUUUUCUAGAGGGACAGAUAAAUUGCCAGAUUCUGGCUUAGCUAAGAAUUUGCAUCCAUUUGAUGCAUCUGCCGAAGUAGCUACUGAAAAAAAUGGGGGACUUGAAAGACCUUGUAGCUCUAGUGGUGGCAUUCUGACCCAUAUAGAUGAUCUUCAUGCCAAUGCUCAUGCAGUUUCUUGUGAAGUUAUCACUAAGGCUUCUGUUUCAAACCAAAUAUUGGAAGGGAAUGAUUCUGAAGCUGAAAUUGGUAGUGCCGGCAAAAUUUCACCCUGUAAAUUGAAUGAGGGCAGUGAAGAUAACCAUAGACUUCAAAAGGAACUGACUUUACACCCACCAACGAUAGAUUCGAAUGGUCCUGUUCAGCCAAUUGAAUCUGAUGAAAGUUACUUUGACCAAGUAGAUUCUUUGCGAUUUGAGGUAAGCCAAUAUACUGAGAGGAUCCACUUGUAUUCUUGCAUUCCUGGGACUGAUUUGAGACCAAGGCCACUUUUUGAGAAUUUCCGACCAGAGGAACUUGAGUCACUAAAUUCUCCAGUUGAAGAGGAUGGCAAAGGGGCAAUUGUCAAAUCUUUGAAGGACAACCCAACUUAUAGGCACAUUCUAGUGGCGUUUGUGAAUGAGUGGAGUAGAUUAAGGCCCAUUGACCGAAGAAAGUUACUUGGGAAACCUUUGCAACUUCCUCUAACUGUUGAGUUGUGCUGCUUGAGCGAAAGCAGUAACCACAACAAUGGGGGACUGCUGAAAGGUGGAAGCAAGAGACGCAGUACACCUUUAUAUGAGAUUAGUCAGCCUUUACCAUCAAAUGCUGAGUGGAAAAAGGUUAAUUUAUGCAAAGGCUAUGGCAAAAAGGAGAAAGAAUACAUGCAGGGUUGGACCCUGACAGAUGAACCUCUCUGUAAACUCUGUCAGGCACCGUGCAAGGGCAACAAUGCCAAGACACCAGAAUAUUUUGAGGAUCUUUUCUGUAAUCUAGGCUGCUAUGAAGAAUUUCGUAUAAGAACUAGUAACAGGUCCUUGCGUCAGGAACUUUUUCAAAUAGAACAUGGUAUCUGCACUAUCUGCCAAUUAGACUGUCAUAAGCUUGUGAAGGACAUAAGACCUUUAUCAUUAUCAAGACGACAAGAGUACAUUGAGAAAGCUGCACCAAAUGUGGCUAGGCGAAGGAACUUCCUUGAUAAGCUUGUUAAUGAUCCCACUGAGGGCAAUGCAUGGCAUGCAGAUCACAUUGUUCCUGUCUACCGAGGUGGAGGCGAAUGCAGGCUAGAGAACAUGAGAACUCUCUGUGUGGCAUGUCAUUAUGAUGUUACAACAGCGCAAUGUGCAGAACGACGCACGACAAGGGCCAAAGCUAAGAAACAACUCAAAGCCAUUAUGCAUGGCCUUAAACAUGGACAGAACACUAAAGAGACCGAGAAUAAUGUUGAGGACCAAGGGCAUUCAGAGAAACAGAACAUAUUGGAGGGUGAGCUUUUAGUGACGGUUCCCGGUAGUGCCUACUCUGUAGGAACAGCCACAGGUACUGGAAAUGAAAUAUUAGAAGAGCCCGAAGCUUAGUAAGAAGAUUCCUACGUUGUACAAGCAAACUGCUAGCAGCAUCUAGUUUGAAUAUGC